UCCUACUGCUCGACACUGUAAUCAAAUAGUCACAGCUGAUCGUUCAGCCUACUAAAAAGAUCGUCAGAGAUUAUUUUUUUAAUCAAUUCAUACGUAAGAGAGGAUGGAGAGAUAGGGAAUAAUAAGAAAACUUAUUCAGUGUUUAUUAUGAAAAUUUCUAUUGGGAAAGUUUUAACAAAGCAAUUUUUGUUUGAUGGUUAGACACUCAUUAUCAUGGGUUUUUUAUAUUUUAAAUAUUCUGAAUGAUCGUCAUUUAUGAAUCUCAUUGUUUACGUUUUUAUCUGAGCAGUUCCUUAAAAUAAUCAAGGUAAUGUGUACAAAAUCGUUGAACUGAAAUCAUUAGGUUCCUCCACACCGAAAUCAACGAUUGAUUGGCAGUGAAUAAAAGUUAGACAAAAUAACUUUCAUAUUUCAGUGAUUGAAUACGUAAAAGCUAAUUGUUUAUUUAAAGACACCGAUUAGUUUACACGCCUGUCGUGGAUAUAUGCUCUGUAUAUUUAAUUCCGUAUUGUUUACUGCGACACUGCAAAUUGUAUGGCUCGCUUUUUUACGAUCAAUACUUAGCCGAAAAUCGUGCGAUUUUUGCGAAAAUUAAUAAAGUUAAUUAUGUCGUGAUCAAAUGCAAUCGCGUUGUGCAAACGCCGCAUUUAAUAAGCCGGAAAAUGACAAUUUUAAUCGUAAUCCGUGUUGAACUUGCAACCCUCCAAAUACACAAGCGCAUGAAAAAUCAAAGAUUUUACUCAAUUACAUCUCGCUGCUUUGAUUAACCUAUAGGAAGUGAAUUCGACGAUAAUUGGGAAUCAUUUAAAAUUGUAAUAUCAUCGGAUUCGAUGUUCAAUUUCGAAGUUUCAAAGUACUUGGGUUACUAAGAACGAGGUGGAUAUAGAACAGACAUGCACAAUGAUGAAAGUAUGACAGAAUUAUAAACAAUAUAAAUAUUAAAACUGAAUUUGAGGUAACAUAACAGUACAUAUAGUAACACUUGCAACAUGAGUACUCAAUUGGAUAUUAUAAUGAGACCAGAGGCCCGCUUGGAUGCCAAAUGGCUCAAAACCGAUUUGAAGCGUUUGCUUUAUCAGGAUGGUUUAGCAGAACUUUGGAAUGAGAUGGUACGAGAUGGAGAAAUUGUAGGUUCCUUUAGUGAUAGCCUAGUUAAUGCAGCAGGCGUGAUAGCUAGAAAAGGUGAAAGUGGCCAUUAUUAUUGUAAUAUGGGAGUGUUAUCUUGUCUCUGUUGCAAUGGGAUUUGUGGUCCACAGACUGGAUGCAACUGUGGAUUAUGUCAGAAACUAGAUGAAGAAGAAUUGGCAAGAGCAAGUGCAUUAACAGAGAAAAGUGUAUCGGUAGAACGUAUAAUGGAUUCCUGGAUUUGGGGUCCUCAACCAUCCGUCACCGACUUAACAUCGUGCAUUAAUUUAUUGAUCAAGGAACAAAGAAAAUUGUGUUACGAAGUUGCGAAUAGUACGUUGUCUGCAACACGAUUGAGACAACGUUUGGUAGUGGCGCGACGAUAUUUCACGGCUCUUUCUCGGCAUAAACCGCAAGAGUCUAAAGACACUCCCGCAGCAUCGAAGCCUAUUACCAAAUUACAGAAAGUUGUGAGACCGAACGAGAAAGCAACGUUAGGUUUAGCACGAGUGGGAUCUCGCGCGGCGUUAAAUUUUUCAUUCGCAUACUUAAGACGAGCUUGGAGGUCCGGAGAAGACAUAGAAUUUUGCAGUGAACUCCUGUCGGAAUCGUUGGAGGCCCUACAAUCAUUGCCUGAAGCUACGCUCUUCGAGGAAACCAAUGUUUCUCAAGUUUGGUUGGAAGUAGUGGAACGAUCAGCGAAAUUUUUAAGACAAGUCGUUACAGGGGAUAUAGUCAGUGGAAAAUCGUCGUGUCCAAUCCCACUAACCGAUCAGCAUACGGCUCUUUGUUUGUUGCUCGAAUUGGUGACGCAAAGGGCUACGUUAUCGAGUUUAUUGGAUUCCGUUUGCCUGUUACUUCACUUGAGCGGCAAGCAUAAGCAUCAAGAUAAUCGAGUGAUGCCCCCAGGAAGCACAGCGCCAUUGGUACCGUUACUGCGUCGGUUGAACAUGAUACCAACGUCUAAAUCAAGAUGGAAAGACGCGAACGUUUUGCCGGGUCCUUGCGAGGUUUUACUAAAAUAUUUAAGGCUUCCCGAAGACGAUACCACGUCCGUGGAUUUACGAAAAGCAGCGGUGAUAAUAAUGUGCAAUCUGAGCAGAUUGGCCGCUCCUCUUUUGCCGCCGAUAAUUACCGAUAGGAUCCAAAAGAACCAUAGUCAGACAGUCCAAGAAGUUUUAGCCUGGGGCAGCUUGAAAUUUGGCAAUGGAACCUCUCCAUUUUAUUGCGAUGCAGUCGCGGAGCUCGGUGUUAAACAACUUUGUUGCGCUGAAAGGGCUCUGAUGAUUCUCUCAAAUAAUGGAAAUGUUUAUAUGAUGUAUUAUGGAUCUGAAACGCAAUAUCCGCAGAGGGUGUAUGGUUUCUUGGAAAAACCAGUUACUAUGAUCGCUGCACAUCCAGAUGGAACACACUAUUUAGCUCUGACGCAAGAUAAUUCUGUUUAUUCUUGGGGUAACGGCGAUGGUGGUCGCUUAGGUCACGGGGACAGAACUUGGUACGACGAGCCGAAACUAAUCGAGGCCCUGGUCGAGAAGAAUAUCACAUUCAUAGCCUGCGGAAGCACCUAUUCUGCGGCUCUUAGCUCGAACGGUGAACUGUAUACUUGGGGAAGAGGAAAUUACGGAAGGUUGGGUCACGGGAAUUCGGAUAACGUGACAGUACCGACGUUAGUGUCAGCUUUGAACGGACACAUGGUCGUUCACGUGGCAUGCGGCAGUGGAGAUUCUCAGACCUUAUGCGUGACAGCUUCCGGUAUCGUAUUCUCCUGGGGCGAUGGUAACUAUGGAAAACUCGGCAGGGGCGGUUGGGAUGGAUCAAAGACGCCAAAGAUCGUUAAUAAAUUGUUAGACAUAAAUGUAGCAAAGGUGUAUUGCGGUGGUCAGUUCUCGGCAGCAUUAACGGCGUAUGGUGAAGUUUACACCUGGGGAAAGGGCGAAGCCUACCGACUGGGACACGGAAACGAGGAACAAGUGAGAUAUCCGAAAGUGAUCGAAGCACUGAAAAUGAAAAAAGUGAAAGAACUAUGCGUGGGAAGCUUACACGUGCUUGCGUUGACCGAAGAUCAGCUGGUAUAUGGUUGGGGUAGAAACGAUUACGGUCAAAUCGAUCCAGCGUUGUGUACUGUCGUCUCAGAGCCGACGCUUUGUCCAACGCUGUCUGGCAAAAAUGUGAUUGGUUUGGCUUGCGGACUGAUGCAAAGUUUUGCUUGGUGCACGUCCGCCUGGUCGGUUGCAAACCGGGUGGCUUUCGUCGUAGAUGUGUGCGAGGAAACUUUCCGACUAUUGGAUACGUUGCUAAGCAAAACGUGCGAAGGAUUGCCAGGCACGCGACCACCUACUCAAGAUCGAGAGUGUCUGGCAGUUGCUGCAUUAAAUUUAAUUCGAUUACAGUUGCACACCAUGAUAACGCACAACAUCGACAGCAAAUCGGUCGGACUGGCCGGUACCCCAUUGUUGAACUCUUUGAAGCAGCGUUGCGUUGCGCUAGCGAGUAGUCCAGGGAUCCUAGCGACCAUUCAAGAAGCGGCUCAAGCUGUUUUACAAACCGGCUGGAGCAUUUUGUUACCCACUGCGAAUGAACGUGCGAAAACCUUGUCGAAUUUUCUAUCGAAAGCAACGUGCGCCAAUCUCGAGCAAAUAAAUACCAGCAAUGGCCAGCAGUUUAUGGCAGACUUGUUAGUUUCCAGUUUGAUGGCGGACGGCGGUCUCGAGUUGGCAUUGAAAACUGCGGUGAACGCGGAGACGAGUGAGCUAGCCGACGGGAAAGAGUUUCUUGCGAGCAGCAAGUCGACAGAUACGAAACAGGCAAAGGAGUUGAACUCGGAGAAGAACAACACGAGCAUAUCUUUGCUUCAAUUAGUGAAACAAUUGAUUAGAAACGGUACCUAUAUUACACAUUCGAAAUUACUGGCUGUGCAACAAAUGACCCAUAAUUAUGAAGAAUCGCAAAGGAAUGACAACUCUCCUAGUUUGAACCUCUUGUUGAAAUUUCAACGAUUGCUGAUCGCACAAAUGUACGAAUGUAUCCAGGACGUUGGAACGAAGAGCCGUCGCGAUCAAGAGAUGCUGGGCGCAGAGUCGCUGUUGAAUAAAUAUGUUGCUCAGAUCUGUGUUCACGUGACCGAUAUAAUGGCAUUUGCAGCCGAACUGGCUAAUGCCAGUGUUAAACAGUUCGUUUUCGUCAGCACAGUUCUGCGAGCCGAUAUUGUAACCGUUUUGUUGCCUGAACUGAUCACCUGUCUCAUCUUGCUACAACUCGAUUAUCCCUUGCUGUUGCUCAACAUGAAUUGGAUGGAGAUAAUGACACCGAUACUGGAUGCUCUCGACCGUUUUAAUAAGUUGAUACCUACGAUAGAGAAAAACGAGACGGAUGAUUUAUCCUGGCCGGGUAUCAUAGCUCCGCAGCAUGGUAACAAGGUAUCGAUGUCCGACGAGCCAUCGGUUAUCCGCUGGGCUGACUUAGAGAACCAUAAUCGCGACGGUGGACUUUGGGUCGUGGUGAACAAAAACGUGUACGACGUUCAGGACUUACGAUUCGAUGGAAGAUCGAAUUCCCUGGAAACUCUUCAGAGAGUUGUUGGGGUCGAUACUUCAUCUCGUUGCCAGCUACCUCAGUCUAUGAUGGACUCAUAUUUCGUGGGCCAUUAUUGUCAAUCAGAACCAGAAAAUACUGAGAUCACAAUCGAUGUCACAGACGUCUGUUCCUGUUUGUUGGAUACGGAGAGAGCUUUGGGUUUUCUUUUGGGACUUCACAGUCAUAGGAUGCGACAGAGCUUGCCGCUGCAGACAGCCGAAGAGGAAGCUGGUCGUUGGUUGAACGCCAAUUUUCUUAGAGGUGGAUUGCAGGUGUUGCAGCCACCGAAUCCCUAUGAGGAGGAGAAAGGAGAGGCGAGAAGCAACACUUCAACUGCUGCGAACUCACCUACGGAACCUCCGCUUCCUGUGCGCACCAAAAACGAGCCGCAGAAGGAACGACGAGAGGAUGACCGAGUCACGGCGUUCGUUCACGCCCUGGUCGAGACGCACAAGACCGACGCUCAAGUUCACUCCUUCUUGACGAUUGUCGAUAAAUAUUCGAAAGCUAACAACCUUUUGGCGCACACAGAGUUCUCAGGCGAUCAUCCGGUGGAGGAAGUCAGUCGAUUGCUAAUGGCAGUUGUUGUGAAGCACCUCGCUCUGGGCCACCAGGUGAUCAACUUGAUCGAUCAACAGGAAACGGGAACAGAGAUCGGCUCGAAGCUCACGAAGCAACUAGCCGAAAUGGUGAGAACUAUUCAUCAAACCAAAUGGAAUUUGAUUAGGAUUAGACAACAACAAAACAGAAGUUACAAGGAAGUAUGCGCACCCGCACAGGAAAAGUGUAGAUUUCUCCUGCACGAGGUAAGGUCUGCGACCAGUUAUGAAAUCAAGGGGUUGCAGGAUCUCAAGUUGUUGCAUACUGUUGGUAAAUUGCGGAAGACCGUCGAGAUGAUGAUCAGGGACUUUCGAAAGAACAAAAAGUCGCCGGGUAAACCAGAGGAUAUCGUGAAUGCUUCAAUUCAGAGCGCGAAGAUGAAGAACAAAUCUGAUGAAGAUACGAUUACGACGACGACGACUACGACACCGAUAAUGUCGACUGUAAUAACAACAACCUCAACUCCGUUGUCAACGCCAACCUCGGCGACAGUGAUGACGAUGGCGUCGAUAAAAAUACCGACUCCGGCUUCUACUCCGAUAGCAACGCCAACGGCGACGUCGGCGCCGACACCCUUGUCGACGUGUACCCCGUCCCCGAUGCCAACACAGAAGGAAGCGAACAGACAGCCGCCGCCUUCUCCAAAGCUGGAAAAUCAAACGGGAACAAGAAAAGCGUUUGCUAAGAUCACCGAGAAGAUGAAACAAAAGAGUUUGAAUAUCGAUUCGAGCGAGCUGAUGGCGAACAUUAUAAAUUUCGUGAUUACCGAGGACGGAGCAGACGUCGAGACAUUGCGCCGUGCUAUGUACUGUCAGAUGCAACGAGCUAAGUUACGCGAACAGGGAAUUUUGAUGAUGCAGCAGUUGUUGAAGAAGGAUUAUCUAUUGACGUCGGUGAAGUAUUCGCUAUUGAAUGGAUGGUUGGGUCUUUCCCAUGAGAAUAAAUCACUCAGCGAUGGAAUAAUGCAUUGCCUAGAGAACAUCGAGUCGAUAACGCCUUAUCAAAAGUCGCGGAUUAUCCUGGCCGAAGCGGAGGUGAGCUCCUGGGCUGUACAUGCUUUGCGAGCGUACAUCGUGCAAGCGGAAUUACCAAGCAAGCCGAAGGUCAAUGAUAAGAGCAGCUUGAACCAGGGAACUUAUACUUGGCUGAGAAAAUUGCCCAGAGCCAGAUUUCUGUUAACGAUCUUGGGCAUGCUGACAAAUUAUCAGCACGCAAACGAGAUUGGAUUGCUAAUUAAUUCUGGUACACUGUCGAGUAUCCUAACACUACUCAGACAGAUCGGACCAUCUUCAUCACCGGAUGCGGACGCAACAGGCAAGCCGAGAGACUCGCUGGUGAUAUACGAGGAUAGCUUAGACAAGAACAAACCACCGAGCGUCCAACUAACUGGCAAAGAGUUAGCACCUCUGAUGAAGAUCGGCACAAGAGUGGUCCGUGGCGUGGACUGGAAGUGGGGCGAUCAGGACGGACCUCCGCCUGGCGAAGGUAGCGUGAUCGGUGAACUGGGCGACGACGGCUGGAUCCGUGUGCAAUGGGACACCGGUGCUACCAACUCGUAUCGCAUGGGCAAGGAAGGGAAGUAUGAUUUGAAGCUAGCUGAGCCUCCGACGCCGCCGGAAACAGAUAGUGAUAUCGACUCGCCGCAAGAUUUAGCUAAAAUCGACAAGGACGUCGCAGAUGUACAUCCAACGACCUGCCUGAAGUCUGCCUCUGUGACCACGUUACGCGUUCUUCUGCUGUGCUGCGGUAUCGAAGCGGACCGGGUAGCUCCGUCUGCUAUAAAAGUGCUCGCUUCCAUUUUACGCGGUAUCAUAUCUUCUGCUUACAAGCCCGACUCGAGUACGCAAUCGCAACUCGCCAGAGAACAUCAUGAAAUCUGGGCGACCCUCGGUACGCUGAGAGCGAUCGCUAAGUCCACGGAGCUCUGUAAAGCCCUGAGCACAAAGCCGUGGAUCGAUUUCCUUCUGAGCAUAAUAGCCAUGCAGGGAAAUCCGGACCUGGAGAAACAGAUAAUGGCAGUGCGUCUGUUAGCCGCCGUUCUACCUUCUUGGUCAGCCGACAGUUCCGAGCAGAUGCCACUACUAGAAAAGAUCUUUCGUAUACUGGGUCACAUCGCGCUUACCUGCGAUCUGGGAAUAACGUCGGAGCUGUACUCCAACAAAUGUCGUGUGUCUUUGACUGCCUCUCACAGUUCUACUGUAGCCGAGGAGCUCGUCUCGUUGGUCAGAUAUCUGCAUUCCCUGUCGAAGUGGAACGCGACCGUGAAUACAUUUCUGACCUCGAAAUUAUCAUUAGCCUCUGACCUCUUGAGCGACGGUCCUUUGUUCCACAUACAGGUGAAUGAGAAUGGCGGAGAGAACAGCGUGAAUAUUCAAGACACAGUGAUGGCGGCUCUCAUUGUCGUCGGUGGCCUCGACGACAGACCGAGAAUUGGAGGAACCGUAGAGAUCGACGGGCAGCUCGCCACUACAUGCAGAUUUACUAAGCACUCAAAAGUUCUUGUGCACGUACACGAAAGUAAUAACGAUGAGGCGCGAAAGAAGGUUUCGUUUUUCGAAAUGAAACGGGUAGGCGAGAAGUUCCGUUUGGACCGAAUGCCCAUUCCAGACUGUUUCGUUCCCGUUUGGGCCAAUUUGUUGCUCGGUCACCGUGGAAUGGACAAGAGGCCAAAUGGCAUGCCGGUGAUAGCUGGUUCGGUAAACGCAACCAUUUUGCGGAACCAGCAGCAACAACUCGCCGCGUUAAAUGCCGGAAAGACCAUGUUGGAUCAUCAGACCAAGCUGAGAAAAGUGUUGAAGUACCCGAUCAACAAUAAGAGGUGCGCCACCAGUAGCAGCAGUAGCAGCAGCAGCAACAAUCAUAACAACAACGACAAUGAUGGUCAAAUGGAUGAGGAAGAAAGCUUCGAGGUCGACAGUCGACGACGCGAUGAGGACGACGUGAAACGCAGUAUGGAUCAUGAGGAAGAUGAUAACAAUGAUGACAACGGUGGAAUGGAAGACGAAGUUGAAGUGGAAGAGGAAGGAGAAGAGGAUGGCGACGAGGACAACGAUGAAGACGAUCAGGAUGAUAACGUCGUCAAGCUGAAUAUUAAGAAUAAUAGUAACAGCAGUAGCCGCAUCGAGAAGACGGAGAAUCGUGGCGCCGGUGAUAGCGUGAAUCGGGAGAUCGAUAGCGAAGAUAGCAACGAAGGUAGAAACAAUUUUCGUGCAAGACGGACGACUCUGUUCCAGGAGAUGCUCAUAAGAGCUACAAGACCGCAACCGUUGAAGCCUAUAUUUAAGCGAAGAGAAUUGGAAGAAGCAGCCCUAGCCGUUUCACAGUAUUUGGCCUCUGAAUUGAGGCACUCGCCGAUUCAAGGAGCGGUAUCGUCGAUAGUGAGGGCAACGACAUCGGGGAUAAUCGGGGUAGUAGCAUCAGCAACGAGUCAGUUUUCAGAACCCGAGUCACCUGCAUCAGAUUGUUCUCUGGUAUCUCUAACUUCAAGCCAGAAGAAGCAUUGCAGAAGCAGCGGUCGGAAGAGUCCUCUGAUUAUGAGCCCCGUCGUUGCGCAGCUCACAGAGAUGGGUUUCCCGAGGAAGAGCGUCGAGUUCGCGAUCAAGAACCUCAGCACAGGAGCAGGAUGCAUAACAGCAGAGAGCGUAGUCGCUUGGCUGCUCGAGAAUCCUGAUGACUGCGACAGUGAUACCCUCUCGAGUGUGAUGUCGGACCCCGAAGAUUCUACCAGCGAAAAUAUAGACGAUUCCCCAUCCACGCACGAUCCCGCCGUUUCUUCUUCGAUAGCUCCCCCGAAUUACAUGAAGCGAACAGAUUUCCUCUCCGUCGAUGAAUAUGCGAUCUAUGUAAGGGACAACUUGACCGUGGGGAUGUUGGUGCGAUGCUGCAAGUGUUACGAGGAAGUGGAAUAUGGCGACGUUGGUCAGGUGAUUAAGAUCGACUCGGAAGGUUUACACGAUUUGAACGUUCAAGUAGCAUGGCAACAAAAGGGUGGUAACUACUGGGUACGGUUUAUCCACAUUGAACUUUUGGGACAUCCGCCGACGAUACCAGGUCCGGCCACCCUUAAGAUCGGUGACAAAGUGAGGGUAAAGGCGUCGAUUACCGUACCCAAGUACAAGUGGGGCUCGGUGAACCAUCAGAGCGUCGGUGUAGUCACAGGUAUAAUAAAUAAUGGGAAGGACGUGUCGGUAGACUUCCCGCAGCAAAGCGGCUGGACCGGCUGUGCGAUAGAAAUGGAGCGGGUUCCAUCGUGUCAUCACUCCGUCUCAUGCAAUUCCUGUCAUCUCCUGCCGAUAUCCGGUCCUCGAUUCAAGUGCAAGUAUUGCGACAGCUACAAUCUCUGCGAGAAUUGUUUCUACACGAAACGCUGCCAUCGCCACGGUUUCAACCGGAUUGUGGAACCAGGUUCGGCGGCGGUGUACGCUGGAAAACCGGGCAGAUAUCACAGACAGGAUUAUACUGAGUCGUCCUUGAUCGACGACUGGCCUAAAUGCAUACGGACGUUGAGUGUCUCGUCGCGGGAGAGCUGGGCAACGCGGUUGGUCGAUGGUUCGGGACUCUACUGGCAGAGCUGCGGUUCCCGAGGAAAGCAUUGGAUUCGCAUCGAGAUGAUGCCCGGUAUUCUGGUACACUCGUUGAAGAUAAUUGUGAAUCCGCAGGACAGCAGUUAUAUGCCGUCCUUGAUCGCAGUGAACGUCGGUGAAUCGUUCAACAGUUUGGUAGAACUAACGACGAUUAGAGAUAUCAGCGUCAGACAUACCGACACGAGCGUCCUACUACUCCAGGAUGUCAAGGAAUAUUAUCCGUGUAUCGAGAUAGCAAUAAAACAAUGCCGGAACGGUGGCAUAGACUGUAGGAUUCGUGGCCUUCAGAUAGUCGGUAAAAGAAAAAUGUUUGAGAAUCAACUAACUACGUCCGUUUCGUUCCUCGCCUCGGACUGGGAAAUCGUGCAGGAACAGAUGAGCUCGCAGCGCGGUUCCGAGCCACCGGCGCAGCACCACUCGGCCGUCUAUGUCUGGGGAUUGAACGAUAAGGAUCAGCUCGGAGGCUUGAACGGGUCGAAGAUCAAGUUACCUGUUUACAGCGAAGUCCUCUCGAAGUUAAAACCCAUUCACAUCGCCGGCGGUAGCAAGACUCUCUUUGUGGUCAGUCAAGAAGGGAAACUAUACGCUUGCGGAGAAGGUACCAACGGUAGACUCGGCCUUGGUGACGACAGUAACAUAUGCGAGCCGAAACCCAUUCCGUUCCUCAGCCAGUACGUUCUCAAGAAAGUAGCUGUGCAUUCAGGUGGAAAGCACGCGUUAGCUCUUACUCAAGACGGGAAGGUGUUCUCCUGGGGUGAAGGCGAAGACGGAAAACUCGGGCACGGUAACACCAUGUCUCUGGACAAACCGAGGCUGAUCGAGGCCUUCAAGUCGAAAAGGAUCAGAGAUAUCGGGUGCGGAUCGGGGCACUCUGCUGCGAUAACUAGCAGUGGAGAGUUGUACACUUGGGGCCUGGGCGAGUAUGGAAGAUUGGGCCAUGGUGACACUGCAACGCAAAUGAAACCGAAAUUAGUUCAAGCUCUAGUCGGUCAGCGCGUGAUCCAAGUCGCCUGCGGCAGCAGAGACGCACAGACCAUGGCGCUGACUGCUGACGGUUCGGUUUACUCCUGGGGCGACGGCGAUUUCGGCAAGCUAGGCCGCGGAGGCAGUGAUGGGUGUUAUACGCCUUUACUGGUUGAUCGACUGAACGGUCUGGGUGUCGUACAGAUCGAGUGUGGAGCUCAGUUCUCUCUCGCGUUGACCAAGUACGGCGAGGUUUGGACCUGGGGUAAGGGCGACUACUUCCGUCUCGGCCACGGUCAUGACCAUCACGUCCGUAAACCGACGCUAGUCGAAGGAUUACGUGGAAAGAAGGUGAUACAUGUAGCCGUAGGUGCUCUUCAUUGCCUGGCGGUAGGCGACACCGGACAAGUGUACGCCUGGGGAGACAACGAUCACGGCCAACAGGGAAAUGGAUCGACGAUUGUUAAUAAGAAACCAUCGUUGGUGCACGAGUUAGACGAUCCACGAGUGAAUCGAGUGUCUUGUGGCUCCAGCCACAGCAUCGCCUGGGUGUUGACCGAUCAGCCAGCAAACAAUAAUCAGGAGCCAGUUACCUUCCCAACUACAAAGGAUCCACUCGGUCAGACAUCUUUAAAAUUUAAUAUCGGAGCUAGCAUCGUUUCUGCAAUCACAUCUUCUACGGAAACGGAUCAAGCUUAUAGAAUGUCUACUAUUCUCUCGACGCCUGUUAAUUCCGUGGAUGCAAUCAGCACCGGCGACGCGAUCUCCAAUAACUUUAAUACAUCCGGUAACAGACUUUCCUUGUCCAGCAUAAUCCUGUCGUUAGAGAGCAACGUCGCGAAACAGCAAGCAUUGCAGCACGUGAUAAACGCGCUUCGUAUAAUACAAGCGCGUAUCGCGGUGGUUACUGCACUGCAAAGUCAUUCGACUAUGUCAAAAUCAUCUGCGGCUACUGUCAUUGGAGGCAUCGGAGCUGGAGUUGGAACUGGUACCAACAACGUGCCCGAAAUAGCAUUGCCAGAGGCAGCGGUGACCGGAGGACACGGAGGUGGACACAAUCACGUCUACCAAAACGUGGGAGAUAGUGCUCAAGGCGGUGGCGAAGCACCAGCAGAACUGGUUAAUCUGAACAGUAGUCCACGAACUAGCCCCGAGUCGGAGGAUUACCCUUUGGCAGUAGUUUUUCCAUCGAUGUCUAGUUCGGCAAGUUUGUCUUCUCGUGCUUCAAAAAUGUCGAGCAGUGCGAUGAGCGUGAUAGCAGCUACUCUCACAUCGAACGCACAGAUCGUCGGCGACGGAGUCACCGCGGAUCCGAAUCUGGACGAUUUCACGUGUACUUUAACGGAGGAGGAUGCCAGGAUGCUGGUUGACCUUCUGAAGCUCGCGGUCGCUAAUCGCGUGUGCAAAGGAGCCAAGGAGACAAUAUCUUCUGUGCUGAUAGCAUUAGCGAAAUCGAAUCGUUCUAUUCGCAGUAUGGUAUUGGAACUGUGUAUCACAGAAUUAGAAGACACGGUAGCAAAUUCGAACAACAGGACUAACAUGCCGCAGCCAGUAGUACAGGAAAGUCCGCAUCCGUAUAUAGACGGCACUACGCUAACUGGGCAUGUGAAGAUACCUGGGGCAGAAACUCUCAGGAUCGAGUUUGAUCGGCGAUGUUCGACGGAGAAACGCCACGAUCCGCUGACUAUCAUGGAUGGAAGUAAUCGAGUUCUCGCGGUGAAAUCGGGACGGGAAUGGAGCGAAUGGGCUGCUGAGAUCCGGAUCCCGGGUGACGAACUACGAUGGCGAUUUUCCUCGGAUGGAUCCGUGAACGGCUGGGGAUGGCGAUUCACCGUCUACCCGGUACUCGCGAGCCUCGCACCGCACGAGCUCGUCUCGGACAGGGUGGUUCUGUCUCAACCAGCUAUAGCUCUCGCCGAAUGCCUCCUCGACAACGCUUUGAUCACUUUGGACAGAAACGUGGCUACACGAUUGGCUGCCACGUUGGCUCAGUGCAGUCAGCUGAGCGUGUUGUCGGCUCAGCAGCGGAUGUGGGCAUUAAAGAAGCUGCAAGUGGUUUAUACCAGCGGACCCGGCGUACGCCCUGAAGUCGCUCUCUCCUCAUUCCUCGGCUCAUUGCCUCAGGCAUUACUUAAACAGUACACCUACGAAGAUCCAUUGGUUCGCGGUGGGAAACAACUGAUGCACAGUGAUUUCUUUAAAGUUUUAGUAGCGUUGGCUUGUGACCUGGAAUUGGACGGGAUGCAAUGUUGUUCAGAGAUUCACAAGUGGUCUUGGUUCAGAAGAUACUGCCUAUCCGCUCGCGUAGCCAAGUCUCUGGUUAAUCGAACGUCUCUACCUAGAGCGUUUUGUUUAGAAGUGCAGAAACGAAUCAAUGAGAUGAUGUCGGACGGCGAAGCGAACAGCAACAAUCACGAGAGUCACGAGCUAUUUAAGCAGGAGCACGACGAACAGCUGCUGCAGUGGUUGAAUCGCAGGCCAGAGGAUUGGACGCUGCCGUGGGACGGUUCCGGCGCGAUUUACGGCUGGGGUCACAAUCAUCGUGGCCAACUAGGCGGCCUCGAAGGCGGAAAGGUGAAGCUACCCGUCCUAUGCGAGAGCCUGUCCGCGCUUCGGCCAAUUCAACUUACCGGUGGCGAGCAGACUUUGUUCGCGGUCACGGCCGAUGGAAAGGUUUACGCCACCGGUUACGGUGCUCUCGGACGCCUAGGGAUCGGAGGAACGGAUUCUGUUAUGGUACCUACUCUCUUAGAAUCAAUUCAGCAUGUAUUCGUGAAGAAGGUGGCUGUAAAUUCCGGAGGGAAACAUUGUCUCGCGUUGAGUUCCGAGGGACACGUUUACUCCUGGGGCGAGGGCGACGACGGAAAGUUGGGUCACGGAAACAGAUUGUCGUACGAUCGGCCAAAACUAAUCGAAGAAUUGUUAGGAACCGAGGUCGUUGACAUUGCCUGCGGUGGUCAUCAUAGUGCGGCAAUCACGAGCGCUGGUUGGCUUUAUACUUGGGGAAAGGGUCGGUACGGACGCUUGGGUCACGGAGACAGCGAGGAUCGAUUGUCACCAAAACUGGUAGAAGCUUUGCAAGAUUAUAAAGUAAUCGACGUUGCAUGUGGAAGCGGUGACGCACAAACUCUUUGCGUUACCGAUGACGAUAACGUUUGGAGUUGGGGCGACGGCGAUUAUGGGAAGCUAGGUAGAGGAGGCAGCGACGGCUGCAAGAUUCCAAUGAAGAUCGAGUCCCUCAAAGGUCUCGGUGUCGUUAAGGUCGAGUGCGGCAGUCAAUUUUCAGUAGCUCUGACCAGAUCGGGAGCAAUUUAUACAUGGGGUAAAGGGGACUACCAUCGUUUGGGUCAUGGGACGGAUGAUCACGUUCGAAGACCGCGCAAAGUGGCGGCUCUUCAAGGGAAGAAGAUCAUCUCUAUAGCGACUGGUUCGUUACACUGCGUGGCCUGUUCCGAUAAGGGAGAAGUCUUCACUUGGGGAGACAAUGACGAAGGCCAGUUAGGCGACGGCACGACUGGUGCUAGCGAGAGACCGAAGUUGGUUCACGCGUUGCAGGGUAAAAAGAUUACUCGGGUCGCUUGCGGUAGCGCGCAUACUUUGGCAUGGAGCACGAUGAAGGCGACACAGAGUAGAAUGCCGGCCACUACUCCAAUGGAGUACGAUCUAGUCAAGGAUCUUCCUUUCCCUGUACUGCACAACCGAUUGGUACUUCUUCACCACUUUGCCGAAUUACUCUGUCCCUGUUUACCGAUGUUUCCAAUCACCGGUCCUAUUAGCUUGAGCAAACUGGCUCCGAUAUUAGUGUAUACGAUUAAAGAAGCGACAUUCCGUAAAGUGGUUCAAGCGACGAUGGUCAGGGAUCGGCAGCACGGCCCAGUGAUAGAAUUGAAUCGAAUACAAGUAAAGAGAGCGAGAAGUAAGGGUGGCUUGGCUGGUCCGGAUGGUAUUAAAUCUGUUUUCGGACAAAUGGUCUCGAAGUUAUCUUUGCUUACGCAGGAUGUCCUGUUCUUCCCUCAUAGAGUUUGGAAAGUGAAAUUCAUAGGGGAAAGUGUGGAUGAUUGCGGAGGCGGGUAUAGCGAGAGUAUAGCAGAAAUGUGUGACGAAUUACAAAAUGGUUCCUUGCCUUUACUUAUACCGACACCAAAUGGUCGAGACGACAGCGGCACUAACAGAGAUUGUUUCUUACUAAAUCCAACGGCUGAUUCAUCGUUGCACAUGAAUAUGUUCCGGUUUCUCGGGAUUCUAAUGGGUAUAGCGAUCAGAACCGGGAGUCCGCUGAGCUUGAAUUUAGCGGAACCUGUGUGGAAACAACUCGCCGGUAUGCCUUUGACGCCUGCAGAUUUGACCGAAGUCGAUCGGGACUAUGUUCCUGGUUUACUGUGUAUCCGAGAUAUGGACCCUGACGAAAAAGUGUUUCAAACUCUUGAAAUGCCAUUUUCCACACCAUCAGCUGCAGGACACGAUAUACCGUUAUCUAGCAGAUACCGAAAGAUCACACCAGAAAAUAAACACGAGUACGUCCAGCUAGCAUUGAACUAUAGAUUACACGAAUUCGACGCUCAAGUAACUGCCGUUCGCGAGGGAAUGUCGAAAGUUAUCCCUGUACCAUUUUUGGCACUGUUCAGCGGCCCAGAAUUAGAAACGAUGGUGUGCGGUAGUCCGGAUAUACCGCUUACCUUACUCAAAUCCGUUGCAACUUACAAAGGUAUACAAGCGACCGCUCCAUUGAUCCAAUGGUUCUGGGAAGUAAUGGAAGAAUUCUCAAACCAAGAGAGAUCAUUGUUUUUACGAUUCGUUUGGGGUAGAACACGUUUACCACGAACGAUCGCCGACUUUAGGGGAAGAGAUUUUGUCUUGCAGGUAAUGGACAAGUACAACCCACCGGAUCAUUUUCUUCCCGAGAGUUACACGUGCUUUUUCCUUUUGAAAAUGCCGAGGUAUUCUUGUAAGCCAGUGUUACGUCAAAAGUUGAAAUACGCGAUACACUUUUGCAAAAGUAUUGACACCGACGAGUACGCGCGAGUACAAGCUGCGACCAAUUCGGACACGGAAGAAACGGACAGUCUCGCUAGCGAAGAGUAUAUAUCGCUUUAGUCGGAGUUCCGUGGUUCAUUUUCUACAUUCAAUUUACUCGAAUCCACGAAUCAGUAAAGUUAGUCGCUGAUCGAUGUAAUAUGUAUUAAUUUGCGUAUACCAAAGGUAGGUGAUAUGAUUUCUUUUUGCAUUCGUUUUCAUUAAAUGUAACUCGAUCGAGUGUAAUAGGUUUUCUUCUUUUUCCUUGUAAAUCUGUGUCAUUUGGAACUAAGCUUAAAAAUCGUACAUUUUCAUACUCUCGCAUUGAAAAGGAAAAAAUUUGUAAAUUCGUGUACUACGCAAAUAUUGAUUACAAGUUUCAUCACGUUACUACUGAUAAUCGUUCUAUUUAUAAGAAUAUACUUUUAUUUUUCAUUGCACAAAAUCUUGAGAAAUCGAAAAUUAGCAAAUAUGAAUUCCAUUUUGUUUUAAAAUGCGUAUAUCUCUAUAUAUUUUUAUGCUAUUCGAAAGAAAAACAACAUAUAUAGUGCACGUACGAAUAAUGUACGAGUAUGAGUUCGUAUUAAAUGUAAGCAGAUGAAAUUUAAUACCACUACAAAAUACGCUACAAAAGAUCAAAUACAUUUCAUUUAUUUCGAUAAGGGUAUACACAAGUUAUAAUAUGUACUACAUAUACUUAUCAAACUUAUUAGCAUCAAUUAUGUUUAUUACUACACGUAAGUUGUUACGUCGUGCACCCUUUUGCGCGCUCACAACAAUUUCUUGUUUCAUUUCGUUAUUUAUUUAAUUUAUAUUUUAUACUUAAUGUUUAUAUAAUGCGAAGGCUGUGUAUGUAUUUAUGUAUAUAGUUUACGUGUGUGCGCGCAAUAACGACAUCCGAAUGACACAGUUAUGUCCAUGUAUAUUAUCAUUCGCCACAUUUAUAAUUGCAUAUAUGAAAAGAAGUAAAUAAAACAAAAAUAUUACACGAAC